AUGAUGGCUCAGUCAGAUUUAGAUCUAAAAGAGACGGCCUUGAAAGAGGAUUUGAAGUUUUACUUCAUGAACCCAUGUGAAAAAUACAGAGCAAGACAUCAAAUACCGUGGAAACUGGCUCUGCAGAUUUUGAAGAUCCUCAUGGUUACUACACAGCUUAUUUUUUUUGGUUUGAGUAACCAGUUGGUGGUCUCAUUCAAAGAGGAGAAUACUGUUGCUUUUAAACACCUGUUCCUGAAAGGCUAUUCUGGAGUUGAUGAAGAUGACUACAGCUGCAGUAUAUAUACACAACAGGAUGCUUAUGAUAGCAUUUUUUAUGUUAUUAAUCAGUACAAGCAAUUAAAGAACAUAUCCCUGGGGACACUUGGUUAUGAAAGUGAAGGAUCAGGUUUAAAAAUAUGUAAACAACAGUACAAGAAAGGCACAAUGCUUCCUUCCAACGACACGUUGAACAUAGAUGUUUCUACUGAAACAGAAUGUAUCUUUUUUAAGCCACAGGAGCUAGCUGGUAAGAAGGCUGAACUGAAGCUGAACUCCUCUUUUUUCAAUCUUGAAUUUUACAGGCUUAUACAGGUUGAAAUCUCUUUCAAGCUGAAAGGCAUCGCUUUACAGACAAUCCAUGCCCGUGAAUUGCCUGACUGCUAUGUGUUUCAAAAUACUAUAACUUUCAAUAAUAGAGCCCACAGUGGAAAAAUCAAAAUCUAUUUUGAUAGUGAUACUGAUAUUCAGGAAUGUAAAGACUGGCACAUAUUUGGCUCAGUUCUCCAGAAGAACACUCAGUAUAUUCUAGUCUUUGAUGGAUUUGUCAUUUUAAGUUGUUUUGCUUCUCUCAUUCUCUGCACACGAUCCAUUGUUCUUGCCUUGAGACUACAAAAAAGAUUUGUGAACUUCUUCUUGGAGAAAUAUAAGCGUCAUGUCUGUCAUGCUGAUCGCCUGGAGUUCAUAAAUGGAUGGUAUGUGCUGGUAAUUAUCAGUGAUGUGAUGACAAUCAUUGGGUCAAUCCUAAAAAUGGAAAUAAAAGCCAAGAACCUCACAAGUUACGAUGUCUGCAGCAUUUUACUUGGAACAUCGACUUUAUUUGUCUGGGUUGGAGUCAUCAGAUACCUGGGAUAUUUUCAAACCUACAAUGUGCUCAUUUUAACUAUGCAGGCGUCACUGCCCAAAGUGCUCAGGUUUUGUUGUUGUGCUGGGAUGAUUUAUCUUGGCUAUACUUUCUGUGGCUGGAUUGUCCUGGGACCUUACCAUGAAAAGUUUGAAGAUCUGAACACAGUGGCAGAGUGUCUGUUUUCUUUGGUCAAUGGUGAUGAUAUGUUUGCAACAUUUGCUCAAAUCCAGCAGAAGAGCACACUGGUGUGGGUGUUCAGUCGGUUAUAUCUGUACUCCUUCAUUAGUCUGUUUAUAUACAUGAUCCUCAGCCUGUUUAUUGCGCUCAUUACUGACUCCUAUGACACCAUAAAGAAGUACCAACAAAGUGGGUUUCCAGUAACAGAUCUACAUGAAUUUCUAAAAGACCAUGGCAGUGUUGGUUACAGAAAAGAACAGACUUCCAUGCCAUUCAUCUGCUGCUGCAGGAGACAACAGAGUGAUGACAACUUGAUACUUAUUAAUUGA